AUGAUGUGCAAUUGGACUUUGCUGGGAAAUGCCUGCGCGAAAUGGCUGCUUUUCGUUCUCAACGGAUUGUGUAUAGUGGUAGCAAUAUGCACAUCCGGCUUUGCAGUCGUCGAUAUUAAGAUUCUGCAGCAGUACGGCGAGAGUCAGACAACGGGAACCUUCGCAAGUGACGUGAUCAUUAUAGUGGCAUGCGUGCUUCUGGUGGCUGUAGCGACUUUCGGUUGCGUUGGGGCGGCGAAGGAAAACGUUAAGAUAUUAUAUUUGUACGUAGGGUGCUUGAUAAUGUUCAUGGUGCUAGAGCUGCUGGUGGCAGUGUACGUGUCGGUGCAGCGGUACGUCCUGGAGUUCAGGGUUUCGGAGUGGAUUCGUAACGACUUCUUCCGUAACGUCACUGACGAGAACCUGGAGCAACAUCAGAAACUCUGGGAUGACCUACAAACGACAUACGAAUGCUGUGGUCUUAACGGUCCAGAAGACUACCUUGCCGUGCAGAAGCCCAUCAGUCUGUCGUGCUGUCCACGCGCUUACCGGGCACCCACUUCAUACGCGCGACAGCAGCUCUACCAGACGUGUUUGCAGUCUGAGAAUUACUUCAGCGAAGGUUGUGAGGACGAAAUUCUGUACGCGCUCCGGUCGGACGCAAGCUGGCUGGUAGGGGUCGCCGUGACAUGUUUUUGGUUUGAGGCAGCAGGAAUGUUCUUCGCUAUGUGGAUGGCCAACACAAAGAAACAUGAAGGACAGAUAAAUAAACUUAUAGUCAAAUAUUAA